AUGGAGAGCCUUUUCUACUGCUACCCUCUUGCACUUGUUCUGAUGCAAUGCUGUUUCAUUACUGUCACUUCCACAGCCAUGAUAAGAACAGACGUUACAACCGAUCGAUCUGCUCUUUCGGCCCUCAAAGCCCACAUCACUUCAGAUCCUCUCCAAUUCUUGUCAAAGAACUGGUCUUCAAAUGCUGCUGCAGCCUCUUCUGUUCGUGACUGGAUAGGAGUCGAGUGCGGCUCUCGGCACCAGAGAGUGACGGCUUUGAAUAUUUCAAGCAUGGGACUUGCAGGCACCGUUCCUCCAGAAGUGGGGAACCUCUCUUUUCUUGUUUCUCUUGACAUGGGAAGCAACUACUUCCAUGGCAAUCUGCCCCAUGAGUUGUCAGGCUUACGCCGCCUCAAGUUCAUCAGUUUAAGCUCCAACAACUUCACUGGGGCCAUUCCAAUGUGGUUUGGUCACUUUCCAGAACUUCAAGUCUUGGCUUUGUACAACAACGAUUUUACUGGCCUAAUUCCUUCUUCAAUCUCUAACCUGUCAAAACUCAAACAUCUGGAUUUUAGGGGAAAUUCCCUGAGACGGAAGAUUCCUGAACAGAUUGGGAACCUCCAGAGCUUGAACUUUCUGAAUCUUGAAAUCAAUCAGCUCACUGGUUCCAGACCCUUGUCCAUCUUCAACAUCUCAACCAUGGAAAAAGUUGGAUUCACUUGUAACAACUUAUCUGGAACUCUUCCUGUUGAUCUUUGCCAUCAUCUUCCAAAUCUCAGAAGGAUUGCUCUAUCUUUCAACCUGAUACAUGGUCAAAUCCCAUCAAGUUUAUCUCAAUGUUCACAACUUGAGAUACUGUCACUCUCGGGCAACAAUUUCAGUGGAUCCAUACCAAAAGAAAUUGGAAACUUAGAGAUGCUUGAGGGCUUAUACCUCGGAACCAACAAUUUACAAGGUACAUAUUGGUGCUGA